AUGAAAUAAUCACAAAUUUCAUCAUUCAUUAUGGCUUAAUCACAAGUUUUCGAAUAUUAAGAUUUGAAUUUGAGUGAUUUUAAUGCAUACUAUAGAAAACCCUUGUACAUGAGAUAGUUAAGAAUUAAUUAAUAAAACAAUCAUGAAUUUUCUAAGAAUGUGAAGAAAUAAAUUUAAAAUAUACAAUAUUUGGAGAAGAAAAGAGAGAUAAUGAAAAAUAAUAACAUUAAGAAUUAAGAUCAAAAGUUAAUGACAAUUGAAGAGUUUAAAAAAGUAUAAAAAUAGAAAAGAAUUUCGAUUUCCAAAGAAAUCCAUGGCAAAUUCAUUUAGGAAAAGCAAAAUGAAUUUUUAAAAUUGCUAUCGUUCUGUCUAGCAAUCCUUAUUAUUCUUGUUUUGAUUUUUCAUCAAAAUGAACCAGUUUAAAUUCAAGGUCUCUUUUGA